UUUCUCCUGAUGGAAAGCUGCUAGUUACUACCUGCGGCGGUCAUCACAUAUACACAUGGGAUGUUGCUGCUAUCCUCAGAGAAGCUGGCUUUGAUGAACUUCUGAAUGCCUCCACGCUGAAGGUACAUAUCAUACUUCAAACUUUCAGAAUUUAUGUGCGCUAAUCUGUACUUAUCACAGAACGUUGGCGGAAAGUCAAUCUUAGAGGUACGUGGACCCUGCUUUGGAUUUCCCUGGUUGUCAUACAUUUUUGUGCCAGGCGGAUGCUACACAACGCCGAAAUCAGAAAUUCGCGGAUGCACAUCGAUUUCCACCAGGAUUCUUUGAUGGUGCGCGAGAGCAUGUCGGUUCUUCUGCAACGCGUCGCCCCUCUUCCCGCUCUGGCCGUGGUAGCCGUACAACGCCAGGACCCUCGUCGUCAUCACGUCCCCUCCUUAGUCGCCUUUCCUCGUUCUUCCCCCGUUAUCACCACACCAAGCCUCGUGUCGUGGACGUCGCCACCGUCCAGGACAGAAGAGCUUUGUAUGUCGCACCGCCGCGCAAGAAAAAACUCCCACAAGGCACCCACACUCAAGGCCAACAGCAGCAAGGUCAAUCCCAUAGCCAGGCAUCGUCGUCCCGUCCCCCAGGAACCUCUGCUACCGCGACAUCAUCCACGAUACCUGCAUCUGCUGGAACUGCGUCUGCAGCAGCAACAUCAUCGCAUCCUGCUGCCGUCAUCAAUCAUCCCAGCCGGUGGACUCGCUUCGUGCUCUGUAUCUGCUGUGUCUCCGCUAACUAUACCGAUGGCCAUCAUUGAUGAAGCGGCUUUUCGUUGUUCACAUCACAUGCUGACGUUUUUGUCCUCGUACUGUACUACUGUGUUCCCUUUGCAGAUGCAAAUCUACUUCAUUGAGUAUGUAUAACUUUUCCAAUUAUAACAUAAUUUCCUCUCAGCAUUGUCCAUCUGCACACCGAAUAUGUCCGUCUUCACAGCUACAAGGGUACCCAGCAGUGUAUUGCGACGCGCCUGACCGGUAGACACUUAGUAGAUGGCGUAUGAUAUCUACGAUG